AUGGUUGGAACGCCCAUCAACUCUCAUAAACUACCCUUUAAUAAGUCCGCCAAUAUAAAAUUCCUCUCCAGCUAUGGUGGCAAGAUUCUUCCCUGUCAUUCUGAUGGCAAACUCCGUUAUUAUGGCGGCGAUACCCGUGUCCUUUCCGUUCAUCGUUCCAUUUCUUUUGCUGAGCUGAUGGUGAAGCUAAGGGAGAUGUGUGGAGCAAUGAGUACUUUAAGAUGUCAAUUGCCAACAGAAGAUUUGGAUGCACUUGUGUCAAUCACCUGUGAUGAAGAUCUCGUCAAUCUCAUUGAAGAAUAUGAUCGUGCUGCGACUGCAUCACCAUCGUCCUCCCUCAAGAUCAGAGCUUUUCUUUCACCGCCCAAAUCCACAAAAAAAAAAAAAAAAAAAUUGUUCUUUCUCCUUAAAAUACUAUGA